GAUGAUUGGGCUUCAGUUCUGGGCGUGUUGGACGCGGACUAUGACCGGGUCGUGUACUUCGAGAGCUUGGCUCUGCCUUUCGGCGCCAGCAGCGCGCUCACAGGUUUUAAUAGGGCUGCUCGGGCUCCGCGCAUCAUCAUGUCCCGGCUACUGUACCUUGUAAACACCUCCUUCUUCGACGAUUACUGCCAGUUGGAGGUUGAAGCUUUGACAGGUUCUGCCGACCAGACUGCCCUUGACCUCUUGGCCUUGUUGGGAUGGGAGGUGUCGGGUGGUGACAAGCUGAAGCCUUUUGAUGUGCAGUUCACCGUGCUCGGGGCCGUGGUGUCUUUUGAGGAAGCGCAGAGGGGUUUGAUCAGGGUCAGGAACAAACCCGGCCGGGUCGAUGAUGUCCUGGGCUUAUUCCACCGCCUGCGUGAGGACCCCGUCGCAAAUGCUCGUAUCUUGCCUUCGCUGAAGGGUAGGCAAUCUGGGGCCAAGGUCACGCAGCAAGUGUUGGAUGCCGUGGAUAGUGCAGUGGAUAUGAACAGGCGGGUUUUGGGUUUUGUUGACAACGAGGCGGCUAAGUCUGCUUUGAUCCGCAAUUAUUCUCCUUUGGUGGACGCGACUGCUAUGUUGUCCGAGGUUGCAUCAUGGGACAUGUUUCUUGGAUGUCUUCCCUGGUACUGCCGUGUGCCGUCCAAGAGCAACAUUGCCGAUGCCGCUUCCCGGCUUUCCUUUGGGGAGUGCGAGGAGUCCUUCCGAAAGAUCGAGCCGAUGUAUUAG